AUGUUAGAUGAUUUUAUGAUCACACCAUUUAAGUGGGAGAGUAAAGAAAGUUUCACGGAAGAGGAACUGAAUGAAGUCCGUAAAGAAUGGUAUGAACAUGAAGAUUCCGUGGAGAAAAUAUUUUUUAAUAUUCAUCCUCAUGUAUUAGAAGGAUCAAUGAUGACAAUUAUAGCUAUGAUACUGUUUUUAUCCAAAGUAAAACAAGAGGACCCCAAAAUGGUGGACAUUUCCACUAUCUGUAUUAUCCAUCAAAUUAAGACCAUGCUCCUCAUCUACUGGGGUCUUAUUCUAAUAAUCGGAACCAUGGCCAUUGCAAUUAUAGUUUUCACCUUCGUCAUGAUGCGAAGUUGUGCCAAUCCUCUCCGGUCAUCAUCAUCUCUUCCAAGAUCCACCAGCCGUCGUGGGGAGAAGAGUUCAUCAGCUCGGUUGAACCUCAGCCCUUAUUCAGCUUCCUCGUUCAAGUUUAAGAAAGGGCUGGAAAACGUAGAAGCAACUGAUCAGGUAAUGAUGGAAUGCGUUGUUUGCCUGUCAAGAUUCGAAGAUGAUGAAGACUUACAACAGCUUCAUAGGUGUAAACACUCGUUCCAUGCGCCUUGUAUUGAUAUGUGGAUGUCCUCUCAUUCCAAUUGCCCAAUUUGUCGAACCCCUGUCGAUCGACGGGCUGCUCUUGAUUUCACAUUGGAUGACAACUCCUCCACCAUGGAGGUCUUGACAGAUAUUAGCAUCUCACCUUAA